GGAGAUUACUUUUACAUCGAAAAAGGAGGAGGAAGAAGAGGAGGAACCUGGAUAUCUGGGCCCGGUUUCCCAAACGCAUCUUAAGGCAUCCAAUGGUUCUAACGAUGAAUUUAGCCAUAAGAUGGUUUUUAGAAACCGUUCCCUGAUUAACACUGGAGAGAGACGUGACAAUCGUGGAUCCUCUGGGGAGCCUCAACAACCUCAUGACGCUGAGGAGACAGAGAAGAGUCUCUCCAGAUCAGAACACCUCAAUAAACACCCACAGAGACCCACAGGGAAGAGAACUCACUGCUGCUCUGACUGUGGGAAGAGAUUCACAUCAUCAGGCAUUAAAAUUCAUCAGAGAACACACACAGGAGAGAAACCUUAUAGCUGUGAUCAAUGUGGGAAGAGAUUUUACUCAUCUGGAGAUCUGACAGUACACCAGAGAACACACACAGGAGAGAAACCUUAUAGCUGUGAUCAAUGCGGGAAGAGUUUUACUUCAUCUGGCAGUCUGACUCUACACCAGAGAACACACACAGGAGAGAAACCUUAUAGCUGUGAUCAAUGUGGGAAGAGUUUUACUUCAUCUGGCAGUCUGACAGUACACCAGAGAACACACACAGGAGAGAAACCUUAUAGCUGUGAUCAAUGUGGGAAGAGUUUUGUUCAAACUUGCCAUCUGACUCUACACCAGAGAACACACACAGGAGAGAAACCUUAUAGCUGUGAUCAAUGUGGGAAGAGAUUUACUUCAUCUGGAGAUCUGACAGUGCACAAGAGAAUACACACAGGAGAGAAACCUUAUAGCUGUGAUCAAUGUGGGAAGAGUUUUACCACAUCUAGCUCUCUGACUAUACACCAGAGAACACACACAGGAGAGAAACCUUAUAGCUGUGAUCAAUGCGGGAAGAGUUUUACUUCAUCUGGCAGUCUGACUCUACACCAGAGAACACACACAGGAGAGAAACCUUAUAGCUGUGAUCAAUGUGGGAAGAGUUUUACUCAAUCUGGAGAUCUGACAGUGCACAAGAGAAUACACACAGGAGAGAAACCUUAUAGCUGUGAUCAAUGUGGGAAGAGAUUUGCUACAUCUGGCAACCUGACUCUACACCAGAGAACACACACAGGAGAGAAACCUUAUAGCUGUGAUCAAUGUGGGAAGAGUUUUACUUCAUCUGGCAGUCUGACUCUACACCAGAGAACACACACAGGAGAGAAACCUUAUAGCUGUGAUCAAUGUGGGAAGAGUUUUGUUCAAACUUGCCAUCUGACUCUACACCAGAGAACACACACAGGAGAGAAACCUUAUAGCUGUGAUCAAUGUGGGAAGAGUUUUACUUCAUCUGGCAGUCUGACUCUACACCAGAGAACACACACAGGAGAGAAACCUUAUAGCUGUGAUCAAUGUGGGAAGAGUUUUACUUCAUCUGGCAGUCUGACUCUACACCAGAGAACACACACAGGAGAGAAACCUUAUAGCUGUGAUCAAUGUGGGAAGAGAUUUGCUACAUCUAGCCACCUGACUCUACACCAGAGAACACACACAGGAGAGAAACCUUAUAGCUGUGAUCAAUGCGGGAGGAGUUUCAGUCGAUCUGGAGAACUGACAGUGCACAAGAGAACACACACAGGAGAGAAACCUUAUAGCUGUGAUCAAUGCGGGAAGAGUUUUACUCAUCUGGCAGUCUGACUCUACACCAGAGAACACACACAGGAGAGAAACCUUAUAGCUGUGAUCAAUGUGGGAAGAGAUUUGCUACAUCUAGCCACCUGACUCUA